AUGGCAAACUCUUCGUUCUUCGACUUCCAUUGCGAAGCCGGAGCUGAAUGGUAUGCCUGUGCCAGCGGAAGCAAAUUCGUAGGGUGCUGCGCGGCGGAUCCGUGUUCUAAUGGAUGCGCGCAAGGCAGCAUUCGCCCCGGUGAAUUCAAUAUCACACAUCACGGCGAAUUCCCCGAUGCCAGUUGUGGCGCUGCCAGCAACUUUUGGUCGUGCAUUGCGGGACCCUCUUUCUGGGGAUGUUGCAAGUCGAAUCCUUGCAGCACAGGAAUAUGUCCGCAAGGAGAUCUAGUACCUGCUUUUAUGGACCGACCAGAACAGCUCCAAGCUUAUGCUUCAGCAAGCUCUACUGCUGAUGCUUCCGCAACCUCCACUGCCAGUGCUUCAGCAAGUCCUACGGCCGACUCUUCAAGCAAAAGCAACACUGGCGCCAUUGUCGGUGGGGUAGUGGGUGGAGUGUUUGUCAUCGGUAUUAUCGGAGCAUUCAUCCUGUUCUUCCUUCGUAGGAGGCGCAAUCGCAAGCGAGAAGAAGGCUACAUGGGAUCAGUAACGAUGGUACCGAUGAUGAAUGCAGAGAAGCACGACGAGAACAGGAACUCAAUGCAGUAUGACGGUCGGUCACCACCGCCUACGUAUUCUUCUCCCGAGCAAAACUACCAGCAAGGUUUCCCCGCCAAAGGCCAACACUCGUUUCAUCAAUUCGCCAGUCACGCAAGCGAGCCCCAAGAACUGCCUGCAGAUUUUACUCCGCCUCGAGAGCGAUAUUCGGAACUUCCAGCCGACAUCUCGCAAGGCGUUGAUAACCGGCGGUUUUCCGAGCUUCCUGCUGGAGCCAAGGAGCCCGCACGGCCAUCAGAGCUCGAAUCGCCAGAGAUAUCCCCCAGGCCUCAACAAACAGAGUUCUCAAACGACAUGGCUAAACGUACAGGUGAGAGCGGAGGAUUGGGCAUCAGCUAAGCGAUUGCUUGUGUGACAGAGAUGUACAGUUUUGAUCUCAGGGCGAAUUCGUCUCUGAACAUAAGUAAGAAAGUGAAGAGCUCUGUAGAGCUGUCGGCAGAUGGUGAGCGAUGGGUUUUCAGUCUAGUGCACAAGGAUAGGUACCAUGGUACUAUCGAGGAGAUGGAGAUCUCCUUGUAUAAGAAAGAAAUCCGUCCCCGAUACCCUAUUUUCUUCUAAACCUGUAUAUACCUACAACUUUAAUGUAUGUUAGUUUGACGUGUAGCCUUGCUCGACAGAGCGGCCUUGACAUUAAUCAUUUCAUUUACAAAUACCAAA